UCAUUGGCUAUCCUGGAGAUAAAGGGAAGAAGAAACAAGGUGGUUUUAGAGGUCAACCAUUUGAUAAUGCCAACAAUGUUGUUGGAUCUGGUGCCAUUAAUACAGGAACAUGUCUUGGUUUCCAUAUGCAGUUUCAGCAAGGAGGACAGAUGUCCAAGGGACCUUGUGAUACAGCUGAUAACAAAGGACCAUAUUUCACUGAAGAUCAAUACAAGCAGCUUGUUAACCUACUUAACAAAGAUGCAGAGGAGCAACAGGCAAACAUCAAAGGACCUUCACAGUGGCAGGGUGAAGGGGAUUGAUAGAGAGGAAGAUGGGUUGUAUGUGUUGAAGGUAAAUAAAGUCAGCUCAAAGGAAAAGGAAGCAAUAAGUGCAGCAGCUACUUAUGGAAAUGAAGAAGCAUACAAGUUGUGGCACAUGAGAUUGGGUCAUCCAUCACAAGCUAUUUUGUCCUUUUUGUCAAAUAAUGAUUUUAAUUUCAAGAUUAGUUUUUAG